AUGGCAAACAGCAAUCAAGAGGAGGCCACGCGCCGAGAGCUCAAUCAGUUGAUUUCCGCUUUUGGAGGCAACACCCUGAACGGACCCGCGCAGUCGAGAAUUGCGACCGAGACAGGCAUGCAGCCACUGCCACGAGCUAUCCGUGGCUUCCCGACGGCGCAAUCGAGGGCUAUCCUCAAUCCCCCUGGGACGACCACCAAUUCCUCCAGCUCUGCGCCUGCUCCGUCAGCGGCUCCGAUUCCAACCCCAAUUCCGGCGACCGCUCCAGCUCCCCGACAGCAGCAGCAGCAGCGUCGAGACGUGCGUCACCUCACUAUCAACGAGCGCCUUGAGCUUGUCCAGGGCCUAGAAGUUACCGUCAUGACCGGCAACCAGGUAACCUGCAAGCUCCCCCUACGCCUCUUCCGCGCGACAUCCACCAAGGCCCACCUCAUCGACUUCUCGGACCCCACAACGCCCAAGUAUCUCGCAUUCCACAUCUCCAUGAACCCCGCUCCCUUCAACUACCUCGCCGACUACCUGCGCAAAAUGGCCGACCAGCAGCGCGUCCCGCAACUCAAGCGCCUGGAGGACAACUUGAAAGACCUGACAGUGAUCCGUGCGGGGAAAUGCAUGGGCAUGGACCACUACGUGCAGCACAUCUUCAAUUACUACUGGGCGGCGUAUACGAAUGAUGAUUUGAGGCUGCAGGAUAUCGAGAAUGUGUUGAGGGUGGCGACGGAGACUGAGAUGAAUUCGUUCUUCAAGCUGGUGGCGGAGCGGAUUGCGCAUGAUCAGUACUACGGGCGGGUGCAGGAUCUGGGGAAGUUGAGACAGUAUCUGGCGGGGAAGCCGGCGCUGAGGAACGUCGUUCAAGAUGAGCUGAACCAGUUCAGGGCUAGCAAUGGCCGUGGGAAGUUGCGAAACUCGGGUCGGGGUUGGAUCUUAGGAUCGCAGGCAAGCUCAUGA